AUGAAGGCCGCCAGUUAUGCUUCCUCAAAUUUGAGCAAGAGCAAGGAGGAGGAAAAUAAAAGCAGAUCAAAAAGCGGUGCCAAAUUGAACGAGGCAAAGAAAAAGGAACAUAAGAAGAUUACCACCUUGGUGCAAAUGUGCAAAGAAGACACAGACACAAAACAGAUAAAUAGAAAGAAAAUAAAUCCAAAGGGAAUAAAGAAAGAUGAAGAGAACUCCAUAGACGCCAUCAAAGUGGAAGAAAAUAUAAAAAAAAUUGAAAAGUAUAUGAACAAAUUAGAAGAGAUAGAAAAAAAAAUCAUCGAUGAUAUUAACGAAUGUAACAAGUACAUCGAAGUUUAUGAAAAAGCGAAGACCCUUUUAGACUCCAAAGAUUUCGACAGUGAUGUAGGGAGAGAAGCAGAAAUUGAUGAAAUUAGAAAAAUACUUAAAAGGUGCUCCGAAAAUGUAGACGGCGAAGGCAUAUUUCUCACUGGUCCCAGUGGUCAGGGAAAAACAUAUAGCAUAUUUUACAUCAUUAAGGAGAUAGAAAAAGAGAAAGAAAAGAACCAAAAGUCGGAUGAAAGGAAGAAGAAAAAGGGGAACGAAAAUACAUCCAUGCAGAAUUAUAAAAAUAUCGACGCCUCCUAUUUUUAUGUUUCUUGCUCAAAUAGCCAAAAACCAUAUGAUAUCUUUGUAGAUAUCCUACAACAAAUAAUAAAGAAGGAUAAAAAGACCAUUCUCACUGAUGUCAAGCACAGGUACAACUUAAAUGGUCUGGAGGAGGUGAAGAAGGUGUUCAUUAAUUAUACGAGUAAAUUGAACAAUUUAAAAAUAGUCAUUGUGGACGAAUUAGAUUUUAUCGCAACGAAAAAUGUACGCAUGGAAUUGAAGACAAAGAAUGCCCAUAGAAAUUUCAAUGAAGACGUAGUCAAAAAUCUGUUCGAAUGCGUCCAAACAAAAAACAGUAAAAUAAUACUCGUCGGAAUUGCCAACAGCUUGGAUCUAAUCAAAGACUACAAGCACAUGAAAAUUAACCAGAUUAUUUACAAACCGUACAAUGAGAAACAAUUUAUGAACAUAGUGCGAAAUAAGCUAAACACUUUGGAGGAAGAAUUUGUUACCAAAAUUUUCAAAGGAGUAUCCCUAAAUAUACACGUUCGACAAAUUUCUAACCGGAACGGAGACAUCAGAUCGUGCUUCGAUGCCAUCUUGAGAGUUUUCUCCGAUAAAAAAUCCGACCUCGAUGAGAGAAAAAAAAAUUUAACCAAAUUGAAAGAAGAAGUUAUGAUGAAUAUAAUAUUCAGUAGGCAGGAGAAGAGAAACCUCUUUCUCCUCCUAGCCGAUCAGGGGGAGGAUCACUCGACGAGCGCGUUGAACGGGGAUGAAACUGAAUACAGCCAAAGUGAACAACCUGAAGUGGACACGCACACAAGAGGAAAAAGGAAAGCGACAAACGAGAAGGAAGACCAGGCAAACGACACAUACUGCCAGAACAGCUAUACACACAGAAUAAUUAAAAAGCAAAAGGUAUACGUGAGGAAUACCUCCAAUUUGAAUUACCAAUCUAAUUCCGACCAGACAGAAGACAACUUUUUCCUGGAGCAGAAUGUAACUCCGCUGCCAAAUCUACACGAAUUUGAGCUAGCCAACAAAUUCAGCGAUAAGGCAAAAAAUUUAAAAUUCACAGAUCAGAAAAAUGAAUUUUCCAUCGGAUACGAAACGCUAAAAAAGGAGGUCAUCAAAAUACAAAACAACAACGAAACAUUGAGUGAAAUUUUGAUAAGGAAAAAUUAUAACACAAAUGAUGAUAACUCUUUUUACAGCUUUAGUCAGUGCACACCUAAGAGGUGUUAUGAAAGCCCUUUUAAGGUGCUAUAUAAAAAUGAAAUAGAUAGCGAAAUCCCUCACUUCAAGGAUAAAAAGGAAGUAUUGCAAAAUAUAAAAGUGGAAAAAUUACAAUCGUUUGAUGUAAUUGUUGAUAAUCAAAUAAAAAGCAUCGAAAAAAAGUACCAUGAGUUUCUUGACACGGCAAAAGAUAACACUGUAUUAAUUGCAGACAUAAAAAAAAUUACAGACAAAAUUCCAUUGGAGGAACAUAAAGAUAUACUUUUCAAAAUUAAAAGCCUCCCCUUAAUUCAAAAAUUUUAUCUCUAUGCUUCAUGCAAUGUAGUGAAUGAUACACAUUUAAAUUCAGAUGAUGAAAAAAACGACUGUGAGGAAAAGAAGCAAAAUACAAAGCAGCUCAUAGAAAUUACCUAUGCUGAUAUACAACGAGGAUUUAGAAGCCUCUGCAGCAAUCUAUCAGAAACUUCCUACAUAAGAGACAUUCUCGAAGGAAACACUAUUGACCAGGCCAUUGAACAUUUUGAAGAACUUGGCAUUCUAACUAAUUGUAGAAAGAAUCAAAAAGUUAACGAAAGAAAAAGCGUUGUAAAAGUUCCUAAAGGAUUAACUCCCAGAUUUGCAAACAUGAAGAACAACAGAAAUUUUUCAUCACAUAGUAAGAUGAACACUGUGUAUUACUUCAAUCUACCCGUGUGUGUAAUUAAGCAGACCCUUAAAGAGAUCUCCUCCAUACUUUCCAGCUUUGAUCGGAAUGCCGAGUUCUGA